UCCGGGGAGCCCAGCGGGGCAGCCGCACAGCCACGACGGAGCAGCCGCGGGACUGGCCGCCCCGUGCCCCCUUCGCCGCCGUGCCCUUCCCCGGCGCGCUCACCCCGUUCUCAGGAUGGGAUUGUAGCGGCGGCGCGGACUCCGCGGGCAUCGCGGCGGAGGAGGCGGCGGCGGCGGCGGCGGCGGCGGCCGAUCGGGGCUCCAUGUUUUCCCCCGGCGAGGAGGAGCACUGCGCCCCCAAUAAGGAGCCUGUGAAAUACGGGGAGCUGGUGGUACUCGGGUACAAUGGUGCUUUACCUAAUGGAGACCGAGGCCGGAGGAAAAGCAGAUUUGCUCUCUAUAAGCGGCCGAAGGCUAAUGGAGUCAAACCCAGCACAGUCCACGUGAUAUCCACACCACAGGCUUCCAAGGCCAUCAGCUGCAAAGGUCAACACAGUAUAUCCUACACCCUGUCAAGGAAUCAGACUGUGGUGGUGGAGUACACACAUGAUAAAGAUACGGAUAUGUUUCAGGUGGGCAGAUCAACAGAAAGCCCUAUCGACUUCGUUGUUACAGACACGAUUUCGGGCAGUCAGAACAACGAUGAGGCCCAGAUUACACAGAGCACCAUAUCCAGGUUUGCCUGCAGGAUCGUCUGCGACAGGAGUGAACCUUACACAGCACGGAUAUUCGCAGCCGGAUUCGACUCUUCCAAAAACAUCUUUCUUGGAGAAAAGGCAGCAAAAUGGAAAAAUCCCGACGGCCACAUGGACGGGCUCACUACAAAUGGCGUGCUGGUGAUGCAUCCUCGAGGGGGCUUCACUGAAGAGUCCCAGCCUGGGGUCUGGCGUGAGAUCUCUGUAUGUGGAGACGUGUACACCUUGCGGGAAACCAGGUCGGCCCAGCAAAGGGGAAAGCUGGUGGAAAGUGAGACGAACGUGCUGCAGGACGGCUCCCUCAUUGACCUGUGCGGGGCCACCCUUCUCUGGAGAACCGCAGACGGCCUUUUCCACACUCCGACGCAGAAACACAUCGAGGCGCUCCGGCAGGAGAUCAAUGCCGCCCGGCCGCAGUGUCCUGUGGGGCUCAACACCUUGGCCUUCCCCAGCAUCAACAGGAAGGAGGUGGUGGAGGAGAAGCAGCCCUGGGCGUACCUCAGCUGCGGCCACGUGCACGGGUACCACAACUGGGGCCACCGGAGCGACACCGAGGCCAACGAGAGAGAGUGUCCCAUGUGCAGGACUGUGGGCCCCUACGUGCCUCUCUGGCUGGGCUGCGAGGCGGGGUUUUAUGUAGACGCGGGACCACCCACUCAUGCUUUCACCCCUUGCGGACACGUGUGCUCAGAGAAGUCUGCGAAAUACUGGUCUCAGAUCCCGUUGCCCCACGGGACUCACGCAUUUCACGCUGCCUGCCCGUUCUGUGCGACGCAGCUGGUUGGGGAACAGAACUGCAUCAAAUUAAUUUUCCAAGGUCCAGUUGACUGAUGCCCUUGACGGCCAUCUACAACUUUAUUAACAAGUUACUGUGAAGAUUUUGCCACUAACUCUAGAUUUUACCUUUUUAUA